CGCUGCGGGAUUCACUGUGCAUGACGCUAAAGCGGGCCGACGUGCUUGCCUGAUGCUGCCUCGCCUCAAACGCCAACCAGCUACCACGCACGCAUCGCCAUCGACAUCAACCACAGCGACGCAAUCGGACAUCGCCAUCAUCACGAGCGGAUCUCACUGCCACUGUCCUCCUACAAACAGCCCGAUCAUCACGCAGCCCGCGGGCCGCCAGCGCAGCCAUGGCGCUCGAUACCUUCUUCCACAACAAGAUCGAGAGCAUGAAGCUCGAGAUCAUCCAAGGCCAAGCAGUAUUGCGACGUCUCGAAGCGCAGCGAAACGAGUACAAUAGUAGAGUCCGGUUACUGCGCGAAGAGCUCGGCCUGCUCCAGCAGCCGGGCAGCUAUGUGGGCGAGGUGGUGAAAGUGAUGGGGACGAAGAAGGUGCUGGUGAAGGUGCACCCAGAGGGCAAAUAUGUGGUCGACGUGGCGGAUAACAUCGACAUCUCGAAACUCACAGCUGGCAAACGUGUCACCCUCCUUUCUGACUCAUACAAACUCUCAUCGCUCCUUCCAUCCUCCGUCGAUCCCCUGGUCUCUCUCAUGAUGGUGGAAAAGGUGCCAGACAGCACAUACGACAUGAUCGGUGGUCUAGACGAGCAGAUCAAGCAAAUCAAGGAAGUCAUCGAGCUGGGGUUGAAGCAUCCCGAGUUGUUCGAAUCAUUGGGUAUUGCGCAGCCAAAGGGAGUCUUGCUAUACGGGCCACCUGGUACAGGCAAAACGUUGUUGGCAAGAGCUGUGGCACAUCACACCGACUGCAAGUUCAUUCGUGUUUCGGGAUCAGAGCUGGUGCAAAAGUACAUUGGUGAAGGAUCGCGUAUGGUGAGAGAACUGUUCGUCAUGGCACGAGAGCACGCCCCGUCAAUCAUCUUCAUGGACGAGAUCGAUUCCAUCGGAUCCUCGCGUGUCGAGGGCUCAUCGGGUGGUGACUCCGAAGUGCAGCGAACUAUGCUGGAACUGCUUAACCAACUGGACGGUUUCGAGCCCACAAAGAACAUCAAGGUCAUCAUGGCCACGAAUCGUCUCGAUAUUCUUGAUCCUGCUCUUCUGCGACCUGGACGUAUCGACCGAAAGAUCGAAUUCCCACCGCCAACUGCCGAAGCAAGAGCAGACAUUCUGCGCAUCCACUCGCGAAGCAUGAAUUUGACCAGAGGCAUCAAUCUGAUGAAGAUUGCAGAAAAGAUGAACGGGUGCUCGGGUGCAGAGUUGAAGGGCGUGUGCACAGAAGCAGGCAUGUACGCGCUGAGAGAGCGAAGAGUGCAUGUAACACAAGAGGACUUCGACCUGGCCACUGCGAAGGUGCUCAACAAGCACGACGACAAGGAGACGAGUUUGGCCAAGCUGUGGAAGUAGUGGAGCGUUUGUGAAGGUAGAGCUGCAGCUAGCUUGUAUCAUAUCCGAAUGCAUUGCAAGGACGGGGCAUCAGUAAGUCCUUGCCUCAUUAUAGAGCAUGUACUCAUCACGUGUAGAUUCAGGAGCUUCAAGUUGCAAGGAGAGUGAAGAGUCCGCAGGCUGCAGUGCAAUUUAAGUUUUAUCAUCCCCAGCUUGCAAACAUUGUAGUCAACGUCGCAUGCUUGGGCGCGUCAGGAUUCCCAAAACACUCCACCGCG